AUGUCCGACUUUGAAGUAGAAGUCCAGCACGAGGCGCCGCUGCCAAGUCAAAUGACCCUUCCAGUCGCCCGAAAUGGCAGCGGCGAACCGGGCAACGAGAACAUCGGGUUGGAAAUACUGGAAUUCCCACCGGAAAAACUCAAGAAACGCAGACCUUGGUCCGCUCAAGGUUUUAAGUCAAUCCUAUCUCCAUCUCCAUUAUUUAUCGACUCUCGGCGGGCCUCCAAGGAUGACCUCAGCGUUGCAUCCGGUCCCGUCACCCCCAAACGACCCAGUGUCGUCCCUCGUGGUCUGAGUCUGCAGAUGCCACCCAGAGAUAUCAGCAGCACAAGUACAGCAAAUUUGACCAAGCGCGUCCCCGUCUCGCCCAAACCAGAAACAGCAGCAGCGUCAUACCCUUCACCUUCCUCUGUGCUACCCAGGAGAUCGCGGGGAAUGGACUUUUCAAGAGCUGCGACAAACCUGCAUCAUUCCACACUGGCCGAGUCGUCUCCAGAAUCUUCUCCCAUUGUUGGGUCUCGAGGCAGCAUGAUUCCGCGGAAAGGCCUUUUUAGCCCACCAAGCAACCCUAGUGUUCCAGAAUCACCAAAUAGCGUACCAAACUCGCUUUGGUCUACGACGGCAACCGCGGAAAAAACCGCGCUGUCAAGUUCUGUGGGAAGUUCUAGUAUGAUGGAGUACGAUUCAGGCAGUACAUCCUCAGAUGGAGAUGAAGUGAUGGACAACGGAGAAGACGAUGAUACUAUUCACAUGACACCACACAUCAAUCAGCUCGGAAAUGGAUUUGGCAAUCCCUUCGGCUCAGUCGCAUCAAGCCCUGGUGGAGACGGGAUCGGUGCAUUCUCUCCCGCAGCUACAAAAUUGAUGAGCUACCAAAGACAUCGGGUAAAGUCGCGGAGAAAAAGGAUGAGCUCAAGUAGUGCCAGUGGACAAAGCUCCUUGCAUAGCCCAGGGCCGUCCUCACCUCCUCUGCUGAGAAGCAUUGAGAGCAGUCUGAGCAUGAAUGGAGGAUACUUUCUCGAGGAUCCAUCAAAGAAAGAGAUUAUUUCAAGACGAGAAAGCCUCAGUCUCGGCACCAAUGACAUGCAACUGUCUGAUGCGGAGCAAAGUGAUGGUGAGGGGCUUUUUCGGAUGCAUUCACAUGAGGAGGUGCCGAUCCCAACACCAGUGACACCAACUAUGGAUGAUCGGAGGAAUGUCAUUCGAAGGGCAGUGACACGAAGGGGGAAUAUGCUGCCGAAACCCAAGGGCUUUGCACGCAUCCGAGCUGCGCUUCUUGAAGAAGGAGCGCCCAUCGACAGUGAGGUCCGCAGAGAAGCCGAAGUGAUUCGACAGGUUCGGGAGAGUGAUGCCGAUAGCGAUAUUAAUCUCCACCCUUCGCAACCAACUACGACAGCGUCGUCGCCAAAUCUGACUGCCACAGCCGGUCCACUGGAUAGUCUGGAGAACAUCUCUGAGGAUCCGUCAAUGAACGGCGACGAUAAUUGCAGUCGACGCUCCUCAAGUGCAUUCUCACAUCAAGCUAUCAGGCAUUCCGGAGGUUCAACCUUCUGGAAUAACUUUGACGAGCGAAUGCGAACACCUCCACCGCAGAUCAUACCGAGAGAGAGCUCUUCAGGAAUGAGUGACGACAUGAACAUGGACACUCCGGUUGGGUCUCUGCAGUCUUCAAUCCCACACCAAACAACUGCAAGGCCAUCCGUCUCACAGGAGUCGCUGGCAUCUACAACCCAGACUACCGUUUUCGAGAUGCCGAAAAAAGGCAACAACAAGCGCAUGCGGGACGACGAUUUCGAUCCGAACUACUUCAAACGUCGCGCGGUCUCGCCAGGGUUGAGCCUGCAGAACAGUCCAAUUCUUCCCCAGUCGCCUUUACAGCGCGAUGGCGGCUGGUGGGGCACCCCGAAGAGCAAUCGGGAGGUGCCUAGCGUCCACGUUUCUGGGGACAGGGUGAGCAGUACAGGGAGCAACGGCAGCAUGAACGGGCCUGGAGGUCCCUCGAAGCGGGUCGGAUUACAGGGUAUGACUGACACUCACGACGGCUUGAUGAACAUGAGCAUUGAGUGA